UUUGCACAAAAACGUUACCUUCACCGAUUUUGGCGUAGACGUGUCCCUUAAAUAUUUUGAAAGGGAACUAUUGUCCAUUUCAGUCUUAUUGAAACCGUUUUACUUGAGAUUUACAAUUACUAUGGCAGCUGAAGCCAAGGUUACUUUCAAAGUAACAUUAACAUCAGAUCCUAAGCUGCCUUUCAAAGUAUUGAGCGUACCGGAGAAUACACCUUUCACAGCAGUGGUUAAAUUUGCUGCUGAGGAGUUCAGAGUACCAGCAGCAACUUCAGCAAUUAUAACCAAUGAGGGAAUUGGUAUCAACCCUUCUCAGAAUGCUGGUUCUGUCUUUCUCAAGCAUGGUUCUGAACUGAGGUUGAUUCCAAGGGAUAAAGUCGGCUCUUACUGUUGAUAUUAACUUUUUAUAAAUUGUUUUUGGCUUAAAGUAUUUAAGAAAUAAAUGUUAUGUUAUAUCUGAAUCUUUGAUAUUUUUUUAAUAAAUAAUAAUUUUU